AUGCAGUCUUCAGCAGCAUUCUGUGUGGCACUUGUUGCCUUCUUCGGCCUCUCACCAACUUCAGCCCUCCCCGCUAACGUCGAUCCUCGCAAUGUCAUUUCGCGUGAUGUAGCCAUUAUUGGGGGUGGCUCUUCGGGUAUACACGCUGCUAUCCAACUCAAGGAUGCCGGAAAAUCUAUUAUGGUCAUUGAGUCCAAGGCCAGGAUCGGUGGCCACACGGACACUUGGACCGAUCCCAAGACUGGCAUUGCCGUAGACUACGGCGUGUCAAUCUGGCAUAACAUCUCCUCGGUGCUCGAGUACUUCAACCGGUUCAACGUCCCGCUGGCUCCAUCAUCGAUUACUGUCGGCCAGACCUUGAACAUCGAUUUCACCACGGGUGCUGUUAUCCCUGUCCCAGCCUCCUCACAACCUACCCAGGAAGCGCUUGCUGCUGCAUUCCAGAAGUAUGCUGCUUUCUUGAUGAAGUACCCUCAGCUCGCUUCUGGUAUGUUCUUGCCCAAUCCUGUACCUAAGGAGUUGUCCCAGCCUUUCGGCCAGCUGGUCCAGCAACUUGGUAUCGAAGCAAUUGUGCCAAUUUUGGCAAGAUUGAAUCCUGGAAAUGGCGACCUUGCCACCAUCCCUGUCGUGGAAUUUGCACGUGUAGCUGGCUUAGAUCUUAUUAAGCAGACGACCGCGAACAGCUUUCUCACAACUGCGCGCCACAACAAUAGCGAGAUCUAUGGCAAGGCACAGGCUGAACUCCUUCAUGCUAAUAGUCUCUUACUCUCUUCGCAUGUUAUUAGCUCACAACGCAAGGACAAUAAGGUUGAACUUGCUGUCCAAACUCCUGAGGGCAUUAAAUACAUCUGCGCAAAGAAGGUCGUCAUUGCUAUCCCACCUCGCCUAGAGAACCUCCAACCGUUCAGUCCUACUGAGGCUGAGCGCAGCGUCUUCAGUAGAUGGAUCAAUGCCGGCUACUACACCUGUAUUGUUAACAACACUGGCCUCCCAACUAUGCUGGUAGACAACAUCAACCCGAACAACCCCUUCUUUGCUCUGCCGAGCCAACCUGGCACUUUGAUGGCCACUCCAAACGGUGUACCCGGCCUCUUCAACGUCUACUAUGUUUCUCCUCGCGGAAACGCCGAGUAUCCCUUCACCCUCGACGAGGUCAAGUCCCGUAUGGUUGCCGAUCUCAAGCGCGCCCAGACAGUUAACCAGAAGACGGCAAACUUCACCCAGACCAACCCGGAGUUCGUCGUCUGCGCUGCCCACCAGCCUUUCUACCUCCAGGUCAGCUCCGAAGAUAUUGACGCAGGCUUCUACAAUCGCAUGAACGCACUCCAGGGACAAAAGAGCUUUUUCUACACUGGUGCUGCCUUCAGGGCUCAUGACAGCAGCAUGAUCUGGGACUACAACAACCAAGUCCUUCUUCCCAUGCUACUCAAGAGCCUUGGGGGAUAG